AUGGCAAUGGCUUUGGGGUCGGCGUCACAUCCAUCAUUGACAGAGCUGCACGUCAUUCUUGUUGCAUGCCUCCGUUUCCCCCCGUUCCUCCAACCUCCCCCCCUUGUGGCAGCAGAGGCAGGAGCAGCAGCUACCGGGAGCGUAGUGGGCAGCAGGGAGCUCUCUUUCCCCGCCUUUCGGAGAGCUUGUGGCACAGCAGAGGGACCUUGCACAGCAGAGGGACCUUGCACAGCAGAGGGACCUUCCACAGCAGAGGGACCUUCCACAGCAGAGGGACCUUCCACAGCAGAGGGACCUUCCACAGCAGAGGGACCUUCCACUGCAGGGAGGCAGUGCUUUUACCAGGGAGAGUAUGGGGCUGGCCUCUUUGUGCACAUUCCACGUUCGCACCCUCUGCCCCUCUCCUUUGCAUGUCACUUGGCCUCUGGUGUCAAGGAGCAGUGGCAGACAAGCAAGGCGCACCAACCAAGCACGUGUGACGCUGGGGCUGGCCGUGGCCUAUCAAGAGAGCUUGUGACGCAGCAAAGGGAAGUGCCACUGCAGCGAGGCAACGCUGCAGCAGUUAGCAGUCGUUCAUCCAUCACCAGGGAGAGUGCCCCCUCCCAUUUUGCCCGCAGCUACUUCCGGAUAAUUCUUGUUGCAUGCCUCCGUUUCCCCCCGUUCCUCCAACCUCCCCUCCCUGUGGCAGCAGAGGCAGCAGCAGCAGCAACCGGGAGCGUAGUGGGCAGCAGGGAGCUCGCUUUGCCCGCCUUCCGGAGAGCUUGUGGCACAGCAGAGGGACCUUCCACUGCAGGGAGGCAGCGCUUUUACCAGGAAGAGUAUGGGGCUGGCCGUGACCUAUCAAGGCCACUCAUGAGGCAGCAGAGGAAGCGGAGUGGCACACUGACAAGACCAGUUGCCCCAGCAGAAGCGCAGAGCACAAGUCUCCGUGGCUUCUCCCGGCAAUCACCCUUUCGUUCUGCUCCGGCCUUAAAGGCCGGUACAGGUCCUUGGGAGGCCAGAGAAGCAGCACAUACAAAUACACUGGAAGUGGAGGUCUCUGCUUUUUGGAUUGGGAAGUGA